GGAGCAAGGCGCUGAUUGGUCACGGCGCGGAGGUGGCGGAGCCUGAACGGGCUAUGGUAGUGCGCGGGCUUUCGCGCGGUAGCGGAAUCGGGAUCGGGUGACUCAGACCCAGCAGCAGCACCAUGGCGAGCUCAGCACAGGGCCUCCCCACCACCGAGCUCUGGGCCUCCCAUAACAAGAUGGUGAUGGAGCCACUGGACACCAACGACCCCGAGGUGCACAGCAUCAUCAAGAAGGAGAAGCAGCGGCAGAGGUUGGGGCUGGAGUUAAUUGCAUCGGAGAACUUUGCAAGCCGAGCAGUCCUGGAGGCCCUGGGAUCCUGCAUGAACAACAAAUACUCUGAGGGUUACCCAGGACAGAGGUACUACGGCGGGACGGAGUUUGUGGACGAGCUGGAGAGGCUGUGCCAGAAGCGAGCCCUGCAGGCUUACCGGCUCGACCCCCAGAAGUGGGGAGUCAAUGUCCAGCCCUACUCAGGGUCACCCGCAAACUUUGCGGUGUACACGGCCCUGGUGGAGCCCCACGGCAGGAUCAUGGGGCUGGACCUGCCCGAUGGUGGCCACCUCACCCACGGCUUCAUGACAGACAAGAAGAAGAUCUCUGCCACCUCUGUCUUCUUCGAGUCCAUGCCCUACAAGGUCAACCCCAAGACUGGUUACAUCGACUAUGACAAGCUGGAGGAGAAUGCCCGGCUUUUCCACCCCAAGCUGAUCAUUGCAGGUGUCAGCUGCUACUCACGGAACCUGGACUACGCCCGCAUGCGGAAGAUCGCCGAUGACAACGGGGCCUUCCUCAUGGCUGACAUGGCCCAUAUCAGUGGGCUGGUGGCCGCUGGUGUGGUGCCCUCGCCCUUCGAGCACUGCGACAUCGUCUCCACCACCACCCACAAGACCCUGCGGGGCUGCAGGGCCGGCAUUAUCUUCUACCGCAAAGGCACCCGCAGCGUGGACCCCAAGACAGGCAAGGAGACCCUCUACAACCUGGAGAGCCUCAUCAACCAGGCGGUGUUCCCGGGGCUGCAGGGAGGCCCACACAACCAUGCCAUUGCAGGGAUUGCUGUGGCACUGCAUCAGGCCAUGACACCCGAGUUCAAGGCUUACCAGCAGCAGGUGGUGGCCAACUGCAAGGCACUCUCAUCAGCACUGAUGGAGAUGGGCUACGACAUCGUCACAGGGGGCUCUGACAAUCACCUGAUCCUGGUGGACCUGCGCAGCAAAGGCACGGAUGGCGGCCGGGCCGAGCGGGUGCUGGAGCUCUGCUCCAUCGCCUGCAACAAGAACACGUGCCCUGGUGAUGUCAGCGCCCUGCGGCCCAGCGGCCUCCGCAUCGGCACGCCGGCUCUGACCUCGCGCAGCUUCCGGCAGGACGAUUUCCGCAAGGUGGCCCAGUACAUCCACAAAGGGAUUGAGCUGGCUCUGCGUGUGCAGAAGGACAUGAGCCCCAAGGCCACGCUGAAGGAAUUCAAGGACAAAUUGGAGGACCCGAAAUACCGUGGGGAGCUGAAGGCACUGAAGGAAGAGGUAGAAGCCUUCGCAGCCACGUUCCCGCUCCCGGGGCUGCCUGUCCUGUAAGGGGACACAACCAUGCCCGCUCCCGGAGCCACAGGAGUACCCAGGAUCAUGGCACACCCACAAUCCCCAGCCUGACACCAACACGCCAGUGCCUUCUCCCAGCACUUCCCUGUGGAACUGCAGCAGCAGCUCCUCCUUUGGCUCUUACUCCCCUUUCCCCUCCCAUGUGGGGCACAGGGACCCCAUGAGUACAACCCUUGUGGGGACACCAGCCCUUCACCACUGUGUCACCCUCACUCACCUCAUGGCCAGGUGCCAUCCAGCUCCUGCUGGCUGUGGAGCAGCAGAUGAGAUGUAGGCUGGUCUGUCCACAUUCCCUGGACACUCUGCCCAUGGCAGUGUGAGGGACAGGGGCUCCAGCUGCACAGAAAACCUCACAGCCACUAGAAGUACCCCUGGUUUCAGCCUCGAGGAUUCCCCUUCGUCCUAUGUGCCUUGCCACCUCCACAGGCUA